AUUCAUGAAUUCAUGAAGUCGUACAGGCAUCGAGAAAUAAAGGGGUAUAUGUUUUCAAACCGUCAAAUGGCUAACGAUCAUGCUGCUUCAGUGGUUUUGGGGUACACAAACGUGAAUGAACCAUACAAGCUUUCCAUGGAUUCUAGUUCUCGCUCUAGAAAGAAGAAGAGAAGAAUAUUUAAAGGAACAAAUGAACAACAUUUGCGGGACCGAAAUAACCCAUACGAUCAGCACCGAACCGUUGUAGCGUAUGGUGACGCUUCCCUAAGUGGGACCUUUAAGAAUCAUACCCCUAUACCAGUAAAGAAAAUUCAAAGAGCAAUCGCGCAAAGAGCUCUUGUUAUACCAGUUGAUGAGUACAAUACAUCCCAGAAAUGCUGUCACUGUCUUCAACAAACAAGAAAUAUAAAUUAUUCUGAAAUUUCGUACAUGCAACAACCAAGACUUGAAUGCAAACAUAGAAAAAUCAAUUACAAGUACCGUGAUGAAAGAAGAAAGCAUCUCAAAUGUGUUGACGAUGAAGACAACAUUUUAUGGAACACCACGGAUUGUUAUGAACGAGAAGAAAGUAGGAAAUCUUGCGCUUAUUGCAUGGUGACUGAUACUGAAAAUUUGUUUAUAUUUAUUAUAGGAGCCUUCCAAAAUGUUUACCCUCUGAAAUUGUGUCAAAAUUGCCAACGAGAAGGGUCGCCCUGUGUAAGUCUUUUUGUUCAAAUUUUUAUCCGCAACGACAUUCGAUUAAUACGUUUCCUACAGAUAUGGAACAGAGACAUAAAUGCUUCCUGCAAUAUCAGAACGGUAUUGACGAGAUACAUAAGAUCAGAUUUUGAUUUAAAUUCCAGGCAGCCACAGUUGACAAGAACAAGACAAGAUGACCAAUAAAUUAUAAUUACGUAGGCACUAUUCCUUGUACAUACACAUAUACUUAUAUACUCGAAUCAAAUAUAUUUCUGAAUAAAUACGUACUAUAUAGCAUUUAUUAUCCAAUAAUAAUGCAACCGUUGUAUCGACAUAAGGUAUAGCAUCUGGUGACGGUAGAAGAAGAUCAUUAGUAUGUAUAAAUCUGACAUGUGCUCCAAUAAGAAAAUCCUGUUUACAAUACGUAUAAAUACUUUUAUCCAUCUAUAAUAUGUACAUAUCAAUGAACGUAGUCGAAUUAGGUUACACGGUCAUAAUCCACAAUAAGUCCUCAUUAUUUAGGGACUAAGGCUCAACCAAAAGACCUAAAAAUUAGAUGGCGUUUGUUCUAACGCGAGAAUAAAUGUAGUCAUCAGCUUCAAAAAUCG